CACAGUCACUUCCUGAAGGCAGCGGCCCAGCUCAGGUCCCACUCGCCCUGUGGCUCAUCACCCGCCUGUAGCCAUGGGGAGCCAUCAGGACUUCCGGAGACUUCAAGCAAAGUUCCAGGCCUCUCAGCUCGAGCCCAGUGAACUCCCCAAAAAACCCCCGAAGCCUGAGUUCAACAAACUCCUAAAGAAGCUUCCAACAGCUGAGCUAAGCGAGCACCCCAGGAAGCCCCCGCAGCCCGAAUUCAAUGCAGGGCCCAAAAAGCCCCCACAGCCCGAGUUCAAUGCAGGGCCCAAGAAGCCCCCGCAGCCCAGCGUCACCGAUCUGCCCAGGAAGCCCACCAAACCCGAGUUUGGUGAACUGUCCAAGAAGUUCCCACAGCUCGGGGCCCCGCCAAAGGCCUCACGGCCUGAGCCUGGCAGCCCUGCCCAGCCCCCACCGGAGCCCAAAUCCAGCGCCUUCCCCAAAAAGCUAGAGCAGGCUGAGCCCAAUGAGGCCACCCCAGACCCCUCACAGCCCGACUUCAGAACCCUCCUCAAGCCCCCACAGCCUCAGGUCGGUGACCGCCCUAGGAAGUGCCUGCUACAGUCUCAGGUCGGUGAGGUCCCUCAGACACCCCCCUGGAAGGCGGAGUCCAGUGAGCCCCACCCCCACCCCUCAAAGCCUGACUUCAGUACCCUCUCCAAGAAGCCCCCGCAGCCUGAGUUCAGUGGUCACCCCAGAAAGCCCCCGCAGCCACAGGUCGGUGACCCUAAGAAGUGCCUGCUGCAACCUGAGCUCAGUGAGGUCCCUCAGACACCCGCCUGGAAGGCUGAGUCCAGUGAGCCCCACCCACAGCCCUCACAGCCCGAUUUCAGCACACUUCCCAAAAAGACCCCAGCCCCUCAGCUGAGUGACCUCCCCAAGAAGCUCCUGCGCCCUGACUUUGGUGACCUUGACCUCACCAGGAGGUCCUCAGAGCCUGAAGUCAGCGUGGUCCCCAAGAGGCCAAAGCAGUCUGAAUCCAAAGCCCCCUCCAAGAAGCCCCUGCAGCUCGAGCUGGGGGACCUCCCCAGGGUGUCCUCAGAGCCCGAGUUCGGCCUACUCCCCAGCAAGUUCCUGCAGCCCGAGUGCCAGCGGCCGCCCCGCAAGUUCUCACAGCCUGAGCCCAGCACUCUGCCCAAGAAGCACCUGCACCCGGAGUUCUUCGGUGACCUUCCGAGAAAGCCCCCGCUCCCCGGCUCCGUUUCCGAGAGCUCCCUCCCCACUGCUGUCGCAGGCUGCAGCCCCAGGCUCCCACUCAGUGCUCACACUGGGCGGCCGAGGCUGGGCCUCAAACCAGGCCACCCACCCCGGCGGAGGCCUCUGCCCUCUGUUGGCAGCCUGGGACCCCCUCCGGCCAAGCCCCCACUGCCCCCCGGCCCCAGGGAUGUUCAGAGCUUCCGGAGAGCCGCAGCUGCAGCCACAGCUCUGAGGAGGGCUCGAUCUGCUACUGCGAUCCACUUCCAGGCGCGACAGACUUUUAAAGACAUCCCACAGGACCAGGAGGAGAUCUAUGAGCUGUAUGACGACGUGGAGCCCCCAGACAACCCCAGCCCCAGCCGCAAGGGCACAGAUGGAGUGCCAUCUACCCAGCAGCCCCCCAGGCCCCAAGACCCAGAGCUCAGGAAGGAGAAGGCCCCCCAGCCACAGCAGCUGCCACCCGCAGACCUGAAGUCUCUGAAGCAGAUCCGGAAGGCAGAGAAAGCGGAGAGGGAGUUCCGGAAGAAGUUCAAGUUUGAGGGGGAGAUAGUGAUUCAGACAAGGAUGAUGAUCGAUCCCAACGCCAAGACGCGUCGUGGUGGUGGCAAGUACCUGGGGAUCCGGCGUGGGGAGAUCCUAGAGGUGAUCGAGUUCACUAACAAAGAGGAGGUGCUGUGCCGGGACACCAAGGGCAAAUAUGGCUACGUGCCCAGAACAGCUCUGCUUCCCCUGGAGACGGAGGUGUAUGACGAUGUUGGCUUCUAGGACCCCCUGGAAAGCUGACCAUUCCCCCAGGAACAUCAGGCCCACAGGUGUGGGUGCCCAGGACAAAAUGCCCUCCCAGCCACCUGCUAACCCAGGCGCCUUGGAUCCCAGCAUGACAGUCCCAGAGGCCCCCAGGCUCCGGCCUGACUGCAUACACGAGCCACAUAAAGCUCCUAUUUAAAGCAA